UUGUACAUGCAUUUCAACGACAACCGCCACAACUUUGGGAUGUGAUGCAACGUUGUUUCAGAUUGUACAAUGUUAAAUCCCAAUCUCAAUACUCCGUAAACCAGCGAAGAGAAGAGAUUAUGAACGAAGGCAUAACUAAUAACCAAGGUCAAACAUACUCAGAAACAUAUGGCGAUGAAAUUCCAGAAAGUCAAGUUCCAGAGACACAAGAAAACGAAGAGGUGUAUCGCGUUAACAUUGACGAUGAAACACGUCAUGGAUGGAGUUCAUGUCUGUGUUAAGGUGAAACCUGAAUUACAAGGAAUGUAUUGGGAUCGACAUGGUAGAACAUCAUUCAACAUCAUGGCAAUAUGUGAUUUGAAUAUGUUGUUCACAUAUGUUUGGAAUGGAGCACUAGGAUCUUGUCAUGAUACAACAGUUCUCACAAUCGCACAAGAAAGUGAUUCUGAAUUUCCUUUGCCUCCAACAGAAAAAUAUUAUGUAGUUGAUUCUGGCUAUCCAAACAAACAAGGUUUUCUUGCUCCAUAUAGAUCUUCACGAAACAGGGUUAUUCGGUAUCAUAUGGCACAAUUUGAAAAUGGUCCUCCUCCUAGGAAUAAGCAGGAACUGUUUAAUCGAUGUCAUGCAUCUUUACGUUCUGUUAUUGAGAGGACAUUUGGAGUUUGGAAGAAAAAAUGGAGAAUUCUUUGUGAAUUUCCUAGAUAUAAUACUCAUGUGCAAAAGAGAGUAGUAAUGGCUACAAUGGGACUACAUAAUUUUAUCAGAAUUUCAAAUUUUUCAGAUGACGAUUUUGCAGAAGUAAUGGGAGAGACAGAGAUUACAUACACAAAUUCUAAGAUUGAUCUAGGUGAUAUGGAAGCUGCAGAAAUAGUUGAUGGCGAUCUUAUGACAAAUAUCAGGGAAAAUAUUGCAGAUAUGUUAUGGAAAAAUCAAAAUACUAGAUACUAAUCUUUUUUGCUAUUGUAUUUGAAUUAAU